CAGUCUUGGAGUCUCUACUGAUCACUGCUUUAACUGCCAUUAAUUCUUGAUUAAGGGUGUUGUGAUUUAGACUCCAUCUCGAGUUUAGUGCACAAAGAUUGUUGAACUUGAAUCUUAAGCGUUGAUUACGAUAAUUUUGAUUUUUACAGGAGAUAAAUUAAAAAGGUCGUCACUACUCUUUUUGUUUAUUCUUUUCUUGAUUGACUUUAAAAGCGAGUUUCAUAUGAAGUGAAGGGGGGAUGUUUCUGGGGCAGUGUGCUGUGUAGUCUUUGUGUUCACUGCUUUGUUUGAUGUGGGUUUUCUUUAUUUCUUCGGCUUAAUUUUUUUUGGGGUGAGGAAGAGAAAGGUCAGCACGCUUUUGCUUCCUCAACCGAACAACAGCUUAUUCUUUGUGGGGGUGAGAGUGUGUUUGGUUGCGUGCGUUUUGUUCUAAUCCAUUUCCUGUUUUUGGGGGGUCCUUUGAGUGAAAAGAAUCUCUCUGGUUAUAUACCCUUGUUUUUGCUCUUUUCUUGCUACCUUCCCUUCAUUAGUCUAUUUUCCUGAAGCAAAACGAGAGAGCGAGAGAGAGAGAGAGAGCCCACUAGCCUCACUCUCCCAGCGUGCCAAAAUAUUAAGCCAUAAAAGCAAGAUUUUGCGAUCCACAAGCUAUAAUAAUAGCUCUUUCUCUUUUCCAUUCGGCGCUUUUAUUUGGUUUCUUUUGGAGUCUUUAUAUUUCUGUCUCAAAAGUUUCAGUCUUGAGGGCACUGUGUGCGGCAAACUUUUGCAUCAAGAGUUGGCUAUAAACUCAGAAAAUUCUUGUGCAGCCCCUCAUUCUUUACGGAUUGUUCUUCUUGCCUCUCCAGUACUGAAGUUUCUUUCCUUCUGCACAAGGAAAAACUCCCUUUUCCUUUCACUAACCUGUAAAAAUGUGGGCUUCCAUGAGUCUGAGUUUUGGUUGAACAUUUCAAGCAACAUCACUCUAUCUUCAGCUUCAACUUGGAUUAUAUAUCUGGCUUUGAAGAUCAGUUUUUCUUGGGAACUAAAUGGAGGGGUGUCGCCAGUUUCUUGAUUUGAUUCCAAAAGAGAGGGAAUGGCCUGUUAAAAGGGCAGAAGAAACAAGCCAUGGGCUUUCAGAAGAGAAAAAGCUUGAACUGAGGCUUGGUCCACCAGGUGAUGACUGGACCAUCAAACACAACAACAACAAUAGUUCACAAACAACCUCAAGAGAGAGAGACCAUGAAUCUCUCCUCUCUUUUGGUUACUUUUCGAACAGCUCUUGUGCUCAAAAUCCUGUCCUGAAAUCCCCAUGGCAACAGCAAACCAAGCCUCAUUUCCUUCAUCUUCCUGUCAAGAAGGAAUCACCACACCUCUGUAGCAGUAGAGCAGCAGCAGAAUUGCAGAACUCAGAAAAGAAGGCAUUUUCACCAGCUCCUGCAAACACAGCUGUGCCCAACAGCAGCUGUGCUCAGAAAAGGACUGCUCCCGCCCCUGUGGUCGGUUGGCCUCCUAUUCGAUCGUUUAGAAAGAAUGUUGCAAGCGGCAGUAGUUCUAAAUUGGCCUCCGAGCCCAGCGAUGUGGUCCAGAAUAAAGUUUCCGGUCAAAAGCCUGUCGACAAUGGCCCAAAAACUCUGUUUGUGAAGAUCAACAUGGACGGUAUUCCCAUUGGAAGAAAAGUGGACCUUAAAGCCUACAACAGCUACGAGAAGCUCUCAUACGCUGUCUUUCAGCAUCCUACUGCUGAUCUUGAUAGCGUAAUUGCCAUAUUCACUUAUAGGAGUUGGUGUCAGUGUGUCAAUUUCAAAUGUAUAUCAUGUGCUGAUCUUGUGUUGUGUUUCAAUCGUGUUUGUAGCUCAAAGUGAUUCUUCUGCUCGUGGAAUCAAGGAUGAUGAAGCAGGAGGGAAAGCGAUCGGACGUUUACUGGAUGGAAAUGGCGAAUAUACCCUUGUGUACGAAGAUAACGAAGGGGACAGGAUGCUUGUUGGGGAUGUCCCUUGGCACAUGUUUGUCUCAACCGUUAAGAGGCUGCGCGUGUUGAAAAGCUCUGAGCUCCCUACAUUGUCUCGUGGAAGUAAACAGGGGAAGCUCUAUGUCGAUGCCUCGUCGCGUAAAUGAAAGCUAACGACAUCUUCAAUACAUAGCUCAUAACAAUGGUUGCAGAGGAGUGUUCUGAGGCUAUUGUUGUUUCUUGGAUGCUAAUGUAUUUGUCUGAGAGAGAGGGAAAAGGGUUGACUUAGUUUGCUUCAACUCCCUUCUUCUAUUAAGGGAUGGGGAGUAAGAUAAAUAUAUGUUAUGUUUCUUGAAUUUUAGGCCUAUAUUAUUGUAUAUGUUUUUGUUGUUUGAAUCUUCAUCUCAAGUGUUAAUUUUGGCAAAUAUAUGUCGACUGUGUAUUUUAAGUGAAUCGGUUGUCCCC